UACUAUUCUAUUAUUCUUUCUCAAAGUUCAUGUUCAAGCCAGCAACCCAAAGAAGAGAGCAAAACACGAACUCUCACGGACAAACAAUGUCUUCCCCAAGCAAACGUCGAGACAUGGAUUUGAUGAAGCUGAUGAUGAGUGAUUACAAAGUGGAGAUGAUCAACGAUGGCAUGCAAGAGUUCUUUGUUGAAUUCCAUGGACCUAAAGACAGUCCUUAUCAAGGUGGUGUAUGGAAGGUAAGAGUGGAGCUACCUGAUGCUUAUCCUUACAAGUCUCCUUCUAUUGGCUUUGUCAACAAAAUUUACCAUCCUAAUGUUGAUGAGACGUCUGGUUCUGUUUGCUUGGAUGUUAUUAACCAGACCUGGAGUCCCAUGUUUGACCUUGUUAAUGUGUUUGAAGUGUUCCUUCCUCAACUUCUUCUGUACCCCAAUGCAUCAGAUCCAUUGAAUGGUGAUGCGGCUGCCUUGAUGAUGCAAGAUCAUGCUACAUAUGAACAAAGAGUCAAAGAAUAUUGUGAAAAAUAUGCCAAGCCAGAAGAUGUUGGAGCUUCCCGGGAGGAAAGUUCUAGUGAUGAUGAGGUGGCUGAAGAUGAUUACGCCUCUAGUGACGAGGCCAUUGCAGGCCAACCCGAUCCUUAGUUUCUUUUUCAUACAAAGCCAACCUUAUUACCAUCUUGAUUGUACAUGAUAUGAUAUAAUUUGAUAUUGGGUCCUGGAAUUGG